AUGAAGACAGAUUUUAAUCUACUUUUCUUCAUGUUCAGUGCUGUCAAGGUCACUCUCCUUUUGGAAUAUUGUCCAACUCGUUGCCAGUGUGACUGGGACAUCAACAGUGUGUCAUGUUUUGGAGCUGAGGUCAUGCCUGAUUUCUAUUCCAGCACACAGGAGGUGUGGCUUGCAGGGACCAAACUUUCUUCUAUUCCUAAGAAUGCAUUUGCCAACUUGGUCAACAUUUCUCACAUAUACAUCUCUGAUGAUGUUGCUAUACGAUAUCUUGAGAGGCAUUCUUUCCACAACCUGUCCAGGGUCACCCACAUACAGAUAACUGGAAUCAAAACACUGACAUACAUUGACCAGGAGGCAUUUAAAGAUCUGCCUAAUUUAAAGUACCUUGGGAUCAUCAACACAGGUCUCACCUCCUUUCCUGGACUACAACAUAUUCAGUCCAGCCAAGAGGAUUUUAUUCUUGAGAUAGUGGAGAAUGUCUUCAUACAAGUUCUACCUGCUAAUUCUUUCACUGGAAUAUCAGAGAAUGCUCUGACCAUCAUGUUGAACAGCAAUGGCUUGAAAGAGAUCCAGCACUAUGCCUUCAAUGGGAGCAGACUGGAAGAACUGUAUCUUAACAGGAAUGUGGAUUUGGAACGAAUAGAUGAAUUUGCAUUUAAUGGCGUGAUUCGGGGCCCAACACACUUAGACCUUUCAGAAACCAAAGUUAGCUCCUUGCCUUCAGUCGGUAUGGAGACCAUUGAAAAGCUCCAAGCAAAAAACACUUGGGCCCUCAAAGCUCUGCCCCCUUUUAGAGCCUUUCUCCAUUUACAGAGUGCUGAAUUGACAUUCCCGAGCCAUUGUUGUGGUCUCAAAAUACUGAAAAGAUGGAGAGGACACUCUGAAGCAGUUAUCUGCAACCUGACCCGGACUGCUUUGAGAAAUGUGCAGGAACCCUCUGCAGCUCUCUCUCAGAGGUAUCUGGGACACAAAAUCUAUCAACAUCUGAAAGACAACAUUGGUCUCCCAACUGCCGACAGCAGGGAUCAUAAUCAUGACUACAACAGCCCCAUUUGCCCAACUGAACAGUUUGAAAAUGAGGGUUUGCUUUAUGUGGAAUUACCUACAGAACAUCUCAGUGAAGGCUUUGACUUUGCAUUAUGUGAUGAGCUUCAUACAGAGAAUCCUGGACUCUUGUGCACCCCCCUGCCAGAUGCCCUGAACCCCUGCGAGGAUGUGAUGAGUCAAGGCUUUCUGAGGGUGUUGGUGUGGGUGGUCAGUCUGUUAGCCAUUUCAGCCAAUGCCCUGGUGAUGUUCAUCCUCCUGACCAGCCGACAGAAGUUGUCCGCUACCCGUUUCCUAAUGGGUCACCUUGCAUUUGCAGACUUCUGUAUGGGGAUAUACUUACUGCUCAUUGCAUCUGUCGACCUGUAUACACGCUCCCAUUACUACCACUAUGCUGUUGCCUGGCAAACAGGAGGUGGCUGCCGUCUAGCAGGGACAUUAUCAGUGUUUGCCAGUGAGCUAUCUGUGUACACCGUAACUUUAAUCAGCCUUCAGCGAUGGCAUGCCAUCUACUACGCAAUGAGGCCAGACAGAAAAAUGAGGCUACGCCAUGUAGCCGUGCUGAUGUUCGUUGGCUGGUUGCUGUGUAUGGUCUUCGCCAUGCUGCCAGUUGUUGGUGUGAGCAGUUACCAGAAAGUAAGCAUCUGCUUACCCAUGGACACUGAGACAACUGCUGCUCAGGCCUAUGUGGUCUCUGUACUGAUGGUUAAUGUUAUCGCUUUUAUGGUGGUAUGCUUGUGUUACCUCCACAUCUACUGUAUGGUGCACAAUCCCCAGCACCAGUCCAGCAGAUCGGAUACCAGUAUGGCGAAACGCAUGGCUGUUCUAGUUUUUACCAACUUUCUGUGUCUGGCUCCUAUUUGCUUCUACGGCUUGUCUGCAGCUCUCCACCAGCCACUGAUGACUGUCACAGAUUCUAAGGUGCUGCUGGUGCUUUUCUAUCCUCUCAACUCUUGUGCGCACCCAUUUUUUUAUGCUAUCCUGACAAAGGCAUUUCACAGAGACAUCCUGAUGUUGUUGAGACGAAUGGGUCUGUGCCAGCGCCAAGCACACCUCUAUCGAAGCCAUCUGGUCAAUUUUACUCCCCAUUUAUACAAAGAUACAAUGUCUGCCCAAUAAUCCAGCUCCCACAUCGAAAAACACUCAACAACAACGGCCUACGAGAUGGCACCAAAUGCUUUGAAACUUGAUUAGUAAUAUUUCUUGUAGGAGUAGAUUUGAAAAAGCAUUAAUUGUACUUGUAUAUAAAUGUACUUGUAAAAACCAGAACCUAACCAUUACACAGUGUACCAUGACCUUAAAGAAUUUGUGAUCCAUGCAUUUUCUUGUAUCAGUAUACGAAUACCUCCAGUUGUUUGCGCCUCCAAAAUAAUGAAGGAAUGAAUAGUUGGUUGUUAUGUAUUUAACUGCAGUUAAUGACAGUAAAACUAAAGGUUCCAGCUGUGGAGGAAAGAU